AUGGGGAUUGAUGGUCGAGUUUUAGAAUCUGUUGAUACAUCAAACAGUGUAAUAUUCAUAGGUAAGAAGAAAUCAUCCAAAAAGAAAGACAAUUGUAAUAUUUUUACUACAUUGAGUGAAGAAGCUGGGGUUGGGAGUGACGUUAUGGAUGUAGUUGAACACGAAAAAUCAAGUACCGGAACUGGUAAAAUUGAAGCUCUUGAUUAUGAAGUUAUGAAGAGUAAAGAGGUUCCAGAAACUUCAAAAAGUAGGAAAAAGAAGAAGACUGGAAGGACUGCUCAAGAAGAAGAUGAUUUGGAUAAGAUUCUUUCUGAGCUGGGUGAGGGGUGUUCGACAUCGAAACCUGCUGCUCUGCCUAAGCAAGAGGAGAUUGAACCUGAUCUAGUUGCCUCAGUCGAUGGUCCCGCUGAGAAGGAUGGUGAAGAAGAAGUUCCUCCUACUGUGCUGUCUGCGGCAGCAAAGAAGAAGAAAAAGAAGAAGGAAAAGGAGAAAAAGGCAGCAGCUGCAGGGGAUGCUACUUCUUCUGUGGCUCCUCGUGAUGAAAACCAUGAAGAAACAGAAAUUGAAAGGACAGAACCCAAGACAAAUCAGGUGAAAGGUAAAGCAGCAGAAAAGAAAGUGCCAAAGCAUGUUAGAGAGAUGCAAGAGGCUCUUGCUAGGCGAAAUGAACAGGAAGAUAGAAGAAGAAGGGAAGAAGAGGAGAGACAGAGGAGAGAAGAAGAGGAGCGGCUUAGGCUGGAGGAACUUGAGAGGCAAAGGGAGGAUGCCAGACGUAGGAAAAGAGAAAGAGAAAGGGAGAAACUACUAAAGAAGAGACUGGAAGGCAAGCCUAUAACUGCAAAGGAAAAAGAAGAAGCCCGUCGGCUGGAGGCAAUGAGAAACCAGAUACUUGCUAAUGCAGCAGAGAGUUUGCCUCUCCCUACCAUAGACCAUGAGAAACCGGCUAAUAGACCCUUGAUUCAGAAAAAGAAGUCAAAACCAGCAGCCAUCGCUCCAAAUGGUGUGGCUCCUGCAAAGGCAGUGGAAAACAUAGAAGAAGAAGAAGAAGAAGAAGAAAACCAGCAACACACUGUACCUGAGCUGGAUUCUGUGGAAUGUGACAAUGUUGAAGAGGUGGAAUCAACAUAUAUAGAGGAAAAAUCUGACAUUGCUGAAUCUGCUAAAAAUAAUGGAAUGGAAGGAGAAGCAGAAGAAGAAAUUGAUGAUGUUGAUGAAUGGGAUGCAAAGAGCUGGGAUGAUUCUGCUGUUAAUCUUUCUCUUAAACAUGGAUUUUCUGAUGAAGAGAUUGACUCUAAGCCUGAACCUGUUGUGAAAAAACACAUAAAGAGUGCAGGUGCCAAGCCAACAGUUUCUGCCCAGAAAAAUGUUCCUACUCAAUCAAUAAAAUCUCAGAAUGUUGAGAAUAAGAAAAAAAGUAGGAAGGAAGAUGUUGUUGAAAAAGAAACAGCAACUUCAGAUGCUGCCCCAAAAGAGAGUGAGGAUAACCUUCGUUCACCUAUUUGCUGCAUUAUGGGCCAUGUGGAUACUGGUAAAACUAAGCUAUUAGAUUGUAUACGAGGCACAAAUGUUCAGGAAGGUGAGGCUGGAGGUAUUACUCAACAAAUUGGUGCAACAUAUUUUCCUGCUGGGAACAUCCGUGAGAGAACUAAGGAACUGAAAGCUGAUGUGAAGCUGAAGGUCCCAGGUCUAUUGGUCAUUGAUACCCCUGGUCAUGAGUCAUUCACUAAUUUACGGUCGCGAGGUUCAGGUUUAUGUGAUAUUGCAGUUUUGGUUGUUGACAUUAUGCAUGGCUUAGAGCCUCAAACAAUAGAGUCACUCAAUCUUUUGAAAAUGAGGAAUACAAAGUUCAUUGUUGCAUUGAAUAAGGUGGACAGACUAUACGGGUGGAAAACCUGUCGAAACGCACCGAUUGAGAAGGCAAUGAAGCAGCAAUCAAAGGAUGUAAAAAUACAGUUCGAAACCCAGCUCGUACAGAUUAUCACUCAAUUCAAGGAGCAGGGAUUAAAUACUGAACUGAAUAAUAUGGAUAAAGAAAUGAGGGAAACGUACAGAAUUGUACCUACAAGUGCCAUUAGCGGUGAAGGGAUUCCAGAUUUGUUAUUAGUAUUGGCGAAGUUGACCGAGAAAACUAUGGUUGAGAAUCUUACUUACAGAAAUGAAGUGCAGUGUACUGUGUUGGAGGUUAAGGUUAUUGAAGGCCUUGGGACAACAAUUGAUGUUGUACUGGUUAAUGGCGUGCUUCAUGAAGGAGAUCAAAUUGUUGUUUGCGGCAUACAGGGACCUAUUGUUACUUCAAUUCGAGCUUUAUUGACACCACAUCCGAUGAACGAACUUCGUGUGAAGGGAACGUAUCAGAAUCAUCGUGCAAUCAAGGGCGCACAGGGUAUCAAAAUCACAGCACCGGGUCUUGAGCAUGCUAUUGCUGGCCCUGCUCUAUAUGUGGUAGGGCCUCAUGAUGAUUUGGAAGAAGUCAAGGAAACAGCUAUGGGAGACAUGAAGUCAGUCUUGAGCAGGAUUGACAAGAGUGGUGAGGGAGUUGGCAUACAAGCAUCUACUCUAGGCUCCUUGGAAGCAUUGCUAGAGUUUCUGAAGACCCCAGAAGUUAAUAUUCCUGUUAGCGGUAUUAGUAUAGGCACUGUAUAUAAAAAGGAUGUCAUGAAGGCCAGUGUAAUGCUUGAAAGGAAGAAAGAGUUCGCCACCAUUUUGGCAUUUGAUGUCAAAGUGACACCAGAGGCCUGGAAACUUGCAGAUGAUUUGGGUGUGAAGAUUUUUAUGGCUGACAUCAUCUAUCACUUAUUCGAUCAAUUUAAGGGCUAUAUCAACAAUCUCAAGGAGGAAAAGAAGAAGGAAUCUGCUGAUGAAGCUGUCUUUCCUUCUGUGGUCAAGAUUUUACCAAACUCUGUUUUCAAGAAGAAGGAUCCAAUUCUCUUGGGGGUUGAUGUUCUUGAAGGCAUUUUAAAGGUUGGAACUCCAAUUUGUGUUCCUCAAAGAGAUUUUAAUUAGGAGUCCCAUAAUGAGAAUCUUGUCUUUUUGUGUGUGUUCAUGCAGAUAGUUGGGACGAAUCCUGAUGAGCAGCAAAAGAUGUAUGGUAUUGAAGAUGAACUUGUCAGCCAUAUCUCAAGGAGGUCGAUUGAUGCACUGAAGGCGAAUUACCCAGAUGAACUCUCAAAUGACGAGUGGAAGCUGGUUGUAAAAUUGAAGAAACUUUUCGAGAUACUGUGAGAGAAGCGGCAACCAGAAAGAAUCCAAGGUCACCUUGUGGAAAG